UUUGGCUCAGCUGGGAAGGCCGAGGGCGGGUCUGAGGCUGCCUCUCGAGCUGUCCAGUAUGGCAAUGCCGACCCAGGAAACGUUUUUUCACAUGCGGGUGCCCGAGUUGGAGGAGGAGGAGAUUGAGGAACACGACACUCUCAGAGCGCUUCCUCACUUUCCGGCAUCUGACAAGGAUCCCGGCUUCUCGCGACAGGAGUCCUCUCAUGGGCCUCUGCGCUGGAACACCCGAUGCAGUACGCAGCUACAGAAUGUUAUCGACACCUUCUUCAUCGAGGAGCUGUACGAGCUAGGCUUCUCAGUGACCCUUGCUGAUCCGUCGAAGCCGGACUGCCCCCUGAUCGCAUGUAGCGCGGGCUUCACAGAGCUCACGGGCUACUCUGUUCAGGAGAUUGUGGGCCGGAAUUGCCGCUUCUUGCUGAACGGGGUGCCCAACAAUCUCGUAGAUGAAGCAACGCGAGUGAAGUGCAGGGCGUUCUGUAUGUCCUCUUCCAAGGGCGAAGAGUACACAGGCGCCUCGGAGAACCUGCCGGAGGGGCUCCAGAAGCCAUGGGUCGAGUUGCCCAAGGGAGAAAUGAUUUGUGUCCAAACCAAUGCUCGCAAGUCUGGGGAAUUGUUCAGAAACAUGUUCUACUUGAAGCAAGUAGAGCUUGACGAGAGCCAGUACAUCCUUGGACUGCAGGCUGGCCUGCCGGAAGAGUUUGAUCUGGACGUCAGCAUGGGAGAUUUGGAGAAGAGGUGCCAGGCAGCCUUUAGCAAGCUCGAGGAGAACAUGACGUUGGUGGAGCAGGUACUGGCAGGUCAGUUCUGGUACUCGGCGCCCAUGAGACGCCAGCUGUAAUCCUUUUUCCCUGGCUCGCCCCGAGCAGGCUGGGCCUCCGAAGGUCCGAGGGAAGACCCGAAACUCCGGCGAAGGCGAAGCGGAUCGCCGGCCGAACAGCCGAUGGGAUCG